AUGCACAUCCAUCACUCUAUAUUUCAUUUUGUAUGGAUAUUUUCGUCCAUUGCCGGAGUAUGUUCAAUACGUCACGGUCAGAACCUUAUCUGGGCUCAAGUCCCGUCUCUGAGGAAUUCCGUGUCUCGGUUGGUGGGGAUUGAAGGAGACCCUGACGAGUGGGUAGUUAGCGGUAAGGUGAAGAUCAGGCACAUCAGCGCCCCACAUCUUGGUUGGGAGUUUUCUGCUCUGGCUUUCGACUACACCACACAAACAUUGAUAUGGAGCGAGGCUAUGAACAAACGAAUACAGAGCCUCGUUCUGAACGGCAGUACCGACACCUCCGACGUCUUCACGGGAACGUCGCCAGAGGUGUACGGCAUGGCUGUGGAUUGGCAGUCCGGAAACCUAUACUGGACAGACGCCCUGUAUAACUGGAUAAUCAUGGCGCCCCUUCACGCAAGGAACAAGACCAGAACAUACAAGAUCAUCAUCCAGACGGGCCUGGAUUCUCCACAUGGCAUAGCCGUACACACAACAAGAGGACUACUCAUAUGGUCGGAUUUUGGCGAGCGUCCGCGGAUCGAGAUGUCUGACCUGCUGGGGGGUGACCGCCAUGUGUUGGUUGACCAGAGUCUGGAGCAUCCCCGGGCUAUCACUCUGGAUGGAGAUACCUUGUACUGGGUGGACAGCCAGAAGGACACGGUGGAGGCCGUCAACAUUGACGGCACUGAACGGCGGAUCGUCGUCGUACAUUCAGGGUCCAAUUUCUUCGGCAUAGCAGCCUAUGGGGACUAUCUGUUUGUAACCGAGCAGAGUAAAGGCCACCUUAAAAUCGUAGACAAGGACGACGGCCAAAAUAAAAUCAGCUACCGUCUUGGUUAUAUCCCUUACGACAUCAUCAUGUAUACCAACUACACAACAGGGUCAUCACACAGGUGCGACAUGCUGCAGUGUGAACAGUUCUGCGUGGACAUGCCCGACCCAGGCGCCAGAUGUAUUUGCGGGGAGGGAUUCAACAUCACCGACGAUGGUCGCUCUUGUGAAUUGACGGAGCAGUUCGUUCAGCCCUCGCAUAUCUACGCCGUGCACGACGCCAUCUGUCACUACCCCGCCAACGUGGCCGACAUGUCGCUCCUUAACGUCACUCUAGACAAACAGUGCUUCCUGGACAAACGCCAUGGCUACCUGGCCUUAGCUUUCGAUGCCAGGGAAAACUUUCUCUAUUACUCUGAAAACAACACGAAAACUAUCAGCAGGAUAAACCUUGAGGUUGGAGCUACAGCGGAGACGGUAGCUGGUGGAACUGGAGUUGUGGCAGGCCUCUGUCUGGACUGGGUGAGCGGCAACCUCUACUGGACCGACUCCAGCAGUCAACUGAUCAAGGUGGCCAGCAGACACGGUACCUUCCAGAGAGACCUGAUCACCACCAACCUCGACAACCCUCUCGGUAUCGCUGUACACCCGGGACGCGGGCGCCUGUACUUCACCGAUCCCGGAGAUACGCCCAAAGUUGAAACCGCCUACACUGACGGCAGUGACAGGAGGACCAUCCUCGACUACGACCUCGGCUCCCCAAACCAUCUGUACAUUGACUACACAAAUGACAUGAUGUAUUGGAGCGACUCAAUCAAGAACCAUGUGAGGAGGUACAAUCUCGAGACUGAGCAGUUGACUAUCGUGUUCAGACUGGACAACACCGGAUUCUACGGCAUCAGCAUCUUCCAGGACAUCAUCCUGUGGACCGACAGGAACGACAUGAACGGCAUCCACAUGGCCAGACUCGACAAGGAGGAGAAGAUCCGCGGCAUCCUACACCCCCAUUACGGCAUCGCUCAAGACCUUGUCACCUUCGACGUCAACAACCAACCCCUCUUUAACAGCAGUUGUCGGGAGGGUUCCAACCCGUGCAGCCAGCUUUGUCUGAGUGGAGCUGAAGACGCCACCUGGUGCACUUGCGGUCUGGGGUACCAACUAGCAGAGGAUGACGUCACCUGUAUCUCAAGUAUAGCAGGAAACAACUUCCUGUUGGUGACAGACGCCUACCAGAGACAGGUGUUCCAGGUGAGCUCCAGCAACGGGGUUGUCCAUGCUGUCCGCCACUCCACCAGGCACUCGCCCAUCGCUAUUGGCUUCGACCCCAUCAAGAUGCGCCUCUACUGGUCUGACAAUACAGUCCAUAUUAUCAAGGGUUCCAAUCUGGACGGAGACUUCGCUGAAAUCGUCGUUGGGAUGGAUGACGAGGCGGUAGUGGACGGCCUGGCAGUGGACCAUAUCAAUAAACUUCUAUACUUUACCGAUGCCGGACAUAACCUGAUCGGAGUUGUCUCCCUUACAAACUAUACGCACCACACGAUCCUGCUGACGGAAGAUGUUGACGAGCCGAGGGCAAUUGCUCUACUUCCUCUGGAGGGGAUAUUCUUCUGGACAGACUGGGGUGUAGAGCCCCGGAUUGAACGGGCAUCCAUGGAUGGAUCAGAUCGCUCCACGUUUGUCAGUCUGGACAAGAACUCUUGGCCGAAUGGUCUCGCAGUGGACAGUAAGAGUCGACGCUUGUUUUGGGUUGACGCACAGUUUAACACUGUGUCUAUGAUUUUCCUUAAUGGCACCGGACAACGCGUCAUGCUUAAAGAGGACGUGGCCCACUAUUUCGGAAUCACCAUCAUGGGGGACUACCUUUACCUGACAGACUGGAAGAAAACUUACAUAUCCCGGAUGCACAAGGAAGGAGGUGCUUUGGAGGAGUUUGGUACAGAUUCUUUCACCAAACUGUACGGCAUUUAUGGCUUUAACAGGACGGAGGUCGUCCUAGGCAACAGCGUGUGUGUCUUCAAAGAGUGCCAGCAGCUGUGUUUGCCCCGCCCACACAACAUGUUCACUUGUGCCUGCAUGGAAGGCUUCCGUCUCAAUGAUGAUAGAAGGACCUGUAUUCAAGAAACGACUCCAGCACCUGCAACAACACGGCUCGCCACCACACCGACAACAACUUCACCAAAUGCUGCUACAACUUCAACGACAGUUAAAGCUACGUCACCUUCCAUACAAACUACUUUGAUGUCUUCGCCAUCUUCCGUGACGUCAUUAUCAUCCUCCACCACAGUCAAGUCUCCAGUAACAAGUGUAAUACCAGCGGCGUCCCCGGGACUCUCUUCAUCAACGCCUAAGACUUUUACAUCACAGAACUCCAUCACAGGGGCACCUACGAGUAAACACCCCACUACGGAAUAUGAGGCCCAUGAACCGGCGGCUCCAGUGUCAACCACUCAGUCCAGGUUAUCCUCAGGAACGGUGGCCGCCGUUGUCAUCGUGGUCCUCCUGGCCUGCAUCAUAGCAGUGGUCGUUGCUGUCGUUAUAUAUCGCAAGCACCGCCAGUACAAGAUUCCUCACGGCAAGCUACUGGAAGACGACCCGCAGCGUGUCGACACCUUCUACCGCAUCACUUUCCCCGACAACAACAAAGACGAACCUGUCAUGAUAGAUAACGGCAUAGAGAACCCCGCCUACGACUGUGUCAGCGACGACGACGGCGACAAAGACGCUUACAACGUACACUGAAGACAUUGAAGUAACCUUACUGCGGUGUAUCAUUAAACAUUGUCACAUUCCAGUUCAUUCCAAGAAUGGUUUGAUAUGUUACCAUCUGUGUAUUUAUUGGCCAUCAUGUGGCAUUGCUUUACCUUUGUCAGCACUUGUUGACAAUAUCCAUCAUGGAAGCAACUGACAUUUGAAAAGCUAAUAAUGUUUUUGGUUAUAUCCCAGCUUGAGCAGUGUUUGGCUGCCAGUUAGAGACUGAUUAACUACCAUGUAUUUAUUGAAUACCACAAUAAUCGUCAUCAUCGUGUACAUAGGAUUUCCUUGAGGGUGGGACUCUGCCAUUUAACUUACGAAAUACAUUUUUUUUAACAAUUGUGUCACAUUAUGUUUCCCUUGAAGACAUAGUCGUCAUGCCAUGUUGCCAUGGUGACAACUCGGACAUUAAGUGGAUGCGACUGUGAAUAUCGGUAGUGCGGUAAUAUUACCAUACAGAGAUACCGAUCUCGUGACCUGCGGGGGGAGAGGAGCUUUGGUAGAGACAGGUAUAGUUAUUGAAAACUCUUCAGGAGAACGACAUUCUUCUCACAAUGGAGAGUAAAGAUCUCUCUUGCACCCACAACCCAUUUUGUAUAUUUGCAAAUUUCUUUUUCAAAACGUUUUCGGGAACGAAGGAUGCUUUCCAAAACAUCUCAGUACCGGUUUUUGUGUUGUCCAUUCCACCUGAGAGAAAAUCUAAGAGGCAAGAGUUAGUUUCUGUCUAAAUGGAAAGAUCAAAACAGUCGAACGUACAGUGAGACUUACAGAGUUUGAGGUAGUCGGGAGAAGCAAAAACAAGAUUCCCUACUCACAUCCACUACCUACUGGUGGGGAAAACAGGCUUCGUCCUUCUGGAACAUGUUCUCAUCAGAACUGAGUACCUGGCAAUGGCAAACUGUCAGGUGAGUGUAUAGCCUACCACUGCAAGCGUCACCAUAUUACAACACUUAGAUAUCACAUCUCAGGACAUGACAAGUCUGUGCUCCUGAGGCACAUCGACACUUUGUAGACCGGCCCUCUGUUGAAGAAGGGACAACAACGUCCCCUGGCCGUGUCUUGUAAGCACUUAGUUUGGUAGUGGUCAGUCGGACCGUAACGUCGCAUGUUACACAGUCUGUCUACCGAUGGGCUUAUUUACGGCACUGUAUAUAGUUGUACGUAUACAUGUGUAUGUUAUUUCAGUCUUUGAGUAUCAUGACAGUGAUGAUUGCCCAUAUAUAACGUUUACUGUGGCUCUGUUAUGUAUAAAAUCCUGUCUUUCUCUGAAUAACGGACACUCUGAAAUCCCCAGUAAGAUUGUACAAAUAUGUAACACUAUUCUUUAUGAAUGAAAGAACAAACACAUUUACCUCUGAGUCCUAAUCGGGUUGGUAUCAAGGAUUUUGGUUAUCAUGAUACUUUGUUCAUGAUUAGAGAUAUCACGACACUCUGAACAUGAUCAUUUAGAUAUCACGACGCAUUCAUGACCAAAACAGGUAGCACAUUCAAUGUUUUCUCAACUCCAUUUAUCAUUUCUCAAAUAUAUCAUACCGAAAUUGACGAUGUGCAUUGAAAACAGGAUUUGUUUAGGAGCGGCCAUCUUGGGGAACACAUGCAGAACGAAAUGGAUCUAUAUGGUGAUCUUCAUCCUGCAUGCAUGUUAAUGCAUUACAUAUACUGUGGACCUCUAAAUAUUAUAAUCUAAGUUAUUCUACAAUUCUAAGCCACAGAUUACCUUUCACAAACUGUUCCAGGAAUAAGUGAUCUUUAAAUAGGCAUAAUCAAACUUGACAACAGUUCAUUCUAUUUUUAAUUAAAUAAAAAAUCGGUUUACUUUCUUUUGCCCCUGAGGUUAGAUGUUUAGCAACACCCAAAAUGUAUAUAUAAGAUAUGUCAUUGCUUUUAUACACCAACAACAGCCAUUUGUUUGAUGUAACCGUUUGAAUAAAUGAUGAGCUAAACAA